CGUUGCGCAGGUUCAAAAAUGGAACGUCGGCGGCGUGAGGGAGCGCGAGGGGGUGUGCGCGCGUGCGCGUGCGCGUGCGCGCCCGGGCGAGGGUGACGGGGACCCCGCCGGCCCGAGCAUCGCGCGCCGCAGCCGCGGCCCCGCAGCUCCGCCCCCGGCUCGGCCCGGCCCGGCCCCGGGCCCGCUCGCCCGCCGCCCCGCAUGGAGCUGUCAGCCAUCGGCGAGCAGGUGUUCGCCGUGGAGAGCAUCCGGAAGAAGCGCGUGCGGAAGGGUAAAGUCGAAUAUCUGGUGAAGUGGAAAGGAUGGCCCCCAAAGUACAGCACGUGGGAGCCAGAAGAGCACAUCCUGGACCCCCGCCUGGUCAUGGCCUACGAGGAGAAGGAGGAGAGAGACCGAGCGUCGGGGUAUAGGAAGAGAGGUCCGAAACCCAAGCGGCUUCUGCUGCAGCGGCUGUACAGCAUGGACCUGCGGAGCUCCCACAAGGCCAAGGGCAAGGAGAAGCUCUGCUUCUCCCUGGCGCGCCCACUCGGCAGCGGGAGCCCCGAGGGGGUGGUCAAGGCGGGGGCGCCUGAGCUGGCGGACAAGGGCCCCUUGGUGCCCACCCUGCCCUUCCCGCUCCGCAAGCCGCGCAAGGCCCACAAGUACCUGCGGCUCUCACGCAAGAAGUUCCCGCCCCGCGGGCCCAACCUGGAGAGCCACAGCCAUCGACGGGAGCUCUUCCUGCAGGAGUCGCCGGCCCCGGACGUCCUGCAGGCGACCGGCGAGUGGGAGCCUGCUGAGCAGCCCCCCGAAGAGGAGGCAGAUGCAGACCUGGCUGAGGGGCCCCCUCCCUGGACACCCACGCUCCCCCCAAGUGAAGUGACAGUGACCGAUAUCACCGCCAACUCCAUCACCGUCACCUUCCGCGAGGCCCAGGCAGCUGAGGGCUUCUUCCGAGACCGCAGCGGGAAGUUCUGAGUCACCAUUUUUACUCUUCUUAAACUGUUUUCUUUAGGGCUUGGGGUGGGGACUUCCAGAGAUGGGGAGGGGUUGGGGUGGGGUAAUUAUUUUAUUUAAAAAAAUAUGGAACAGGAGAUAUGGUGGGGAGACCCAACACCCUCCCACCCC